GUGAUACACAUGCCACCUGCUGACAGACGUUUGUAGUGCAGCCUGGUGAAGACACGUCAAUCUGAAGCAACAUCAACCCAUUGGCUGCAUUCUAUCACGUGUGUGGAUCUGAAAAUGGCGUCUCCAAAUGGAGGUGAUGAUUUUGAGUCCUCUCUGCUGAGUUUUGAGAAGCUGGAUAGAGCAUCUCCUGACCUAUGGCCAGAGCAACUGCCAGGAGUUGCAGAAUUUGCUGCAUCUUGCAAAAAUCCAAUUACCAAUUCUCCACCCAAAUGGAUGGCUGAACUGGAGAGUGAGGACAUUGAAAUGUUAAAAGAGCUGGGGAGUCUGACCACAGCAAACCUGAUGGAGAAGGUCAAAGGGCUACAGAACCUGGCCUACCAGCUGGGCCUUGAGGAGUCCAGGGAGAUGACCAGGGGGAAGUUCCUGAACAUCCUGGAGAGACCCAAGAAGUGAAGACCCCAGGACUGCUCUUUACACAGUAUGUCUGCAAAGAGAGUAAUACAACACCCAGACGACUGAUUUAAGACUCAGAAUCAGACUUAUGCCUUCAUGUAUACACUCAUACUACAACCAUCAUCAAGUUCCUGGACUUUUCAUUUAAAUAGAGACAGUUGGGCUAAAUUCACUCACUGCAGAGUUCUCCUCUAACAGACCCUACACACUCUAUGCAAAUGGGGAGUGUCGUAUAUGAUCCGUUCCAGAAUUUGAUCCGCACAAAGUACGUAGAGCAUUAUGUAUUUAGACUGUUCCUAGCUGGAGAUGUCGCAGGGGCUCUGGCCGCGCUGGGGAGCACUUACUCUCACAAGUUACAAAUCUCCACAGGCCACUAAUAAGCCCCUAAUUGUCUUUCCAAUUGACACGGACAGAGCCAUCCACUGUCCAAGGGGCUGCACCCCCUGCCUCGUUUGCGUAGUUUGCGUAAAGUGUGUAACGUCCUUAAGAGUCCAAUGACUGCAACACUUUUCACCUCCUGUGGUCCUUAAAGAAGGUUCCAUUUACUUUUAUAAUGAUUUGAAAUGGUGAGUCACUUUCAAUUUCCUUUUUAGCUAGCUCGUAGGACUGUUUUGUAAAUGAGUGUAUAUUCUGUAUUUAUUCAUAUUUUUUAUUUGUAUUUGGAGCAUUAUUUACAUUUUGGUAAUUUGUAGAAGAAAAUUAUGUAAUAAAGUCUUAACAUUUUUAAUAUUUUUCCUCCAUCAUUUUAGAGCUGGGCGAUAAGGCCAAAAUAUCAUAUCGAAGUAUAAAAUAAAAUAAAAAUUGACGGUAUGA